UCUCUCUCUUCCUCUUUCUCUUUCUCUCCGUUAUACAUACCCGAGCCUUUUCACUCUAGAGAGAGAGAGAGAGAGAGAGAAGCUGUAGAUAUAUAUACAUAUACAUAUAUAUAUAUAGAGAGAGAGAGAGAGAGAAGAGACUCUGGUAGCACCGCCGUGAAUCCAAGCCCAUCUCCACCGCUCACCGCCGUUGACACCACUCCACUCAUUACUCAUUUCCUCCAUAGAUUCGCCCCCUUCUCUGCUCUACAUCGAUAUUUUCACAAACAAUUAACGGGUGAUCAACCAGUGGUGGGCUGUGGUGAUGGCACCGAGCACGAUCAGGAAGGCGAUUGGGGCCGUAAAGGACCAAACUAGCAUCAGCAUUGCCAAAGUUGCCGGCAAUGUGGCGCCGGACCUUGAGGUUUUGGUCGUGAAGGCGACGAGCCAUGACAAUGAACCAGCCGACGAGAAGUACAUUCGGGAGAUUCUAAACCUCACUUGGAAUUCAAAAGCCUAUGUUAAUGCAUUCGUGUUUGCGAUUUCGAAGCGAUUGAGCAAAACCCGUGAUUGGAUUGUGGCUUUGAAGGCCUUAAUGCUUGUUCACAGAUUGUUGGUUGAUGGAGACCCUGUUUUGGGGCAAGAAAUUAUGUAUGUGAGUCGAAGGGGGACGAGGAUUUUGAAUUUGUCGGAUUUUCACGAUGAGGCUCACUCAAAUUCUUGGGAUCAUUCUGGGUUUGUGAGGACUUAUGCAAUGUACCUUGAUCAGAAGCUUGAAUUCAUGGUGUAUGACAGGAAAUUGAGUGUUGAUGAUCGACAAAGAAACGAGGCUGGUUAUGGGUAUGGAGAGUUCAGGGAUGAGCCGAGUUAUGGGAUGAAUAGGAGGUCAAGUUCUUAUGGUGAUGUGAAUGAAUCUGUGGGGCGAGAACAGCGAAAAGAUGAAACCCUAAUUAGGGAAAUGAAACCUGAGAGGGUUUUGGAGAGGUUGAAUCAGUUGUUGAGGCUUCUUGAUCGGUUCUUGGCAUCUAGACCAACUGGAUCAGCGAAGAAUAGUAGGAUGGUGCUUAUUGCACUAUACCUGGUUGUGAAGGAGAGUUUCAAGCUUUAUGUUGAUGUAUGUGAGGUUUUGAGGGUUUUGUUGGAUAGGUUUUUGGAGAUGGAGUAUGUGGAUUGUGUUAAAGCUUUUGAUUCUUAUGUUGGCGCGUCAAAGAUGAUUGAUGAGCUUGUGGUGUUUUAUGAUUGGUGUAAGGAUAUAGGGGUUGUGAGGUCAUCAGAGUACCCUGAGGUGCAAAAAAUUAGUGAUGAGCUUUUGGGGACGCUUGAGGGGUUUUUGAGGGAAAGGGCAAAUAGGGCAAAAAGCCUUGAGAGAAGUAGGGGAGAUAGUUCACUGGUUGUGAAAGAGGAACCAGUACAAGAUAUGGAUGAAAUAAAAGCGCUUCCUCCACUGGAGAAUUACGCUCCUCCACCACGACCCAUGCCACAGACCAAGCCACAGCAACAUCAUCGUGUGACGGAGGAAUUGAUCAAUGUGAAAGAUGGAGUAUCUGCUGAAGAUCACAGCAACAAAUUGGCAUUGGCUUUGUUUUCUGGACCACCCACCGCAAAUGUAAAUACCACGUGGGAAGUGUUUUCGUCAAAUGGAGAGCCUGAAGUGACCUCAGCGUGGCAAACACCGGCUGCUGAGAGUGGCAAAGCAAAUUGGGAAUUAGCAUUGGUUGAGACUGCUAGUAAUUUGUCAAAUCAGAAAGCUGAUUUGGCUGGUGGGUUUGAUUCAUUGUUAUUGAAUGGCAUGUAUGAUCAAGGGACAGUGAGGCAACAUGUGAGUAACUCUCAGGUGAGCGGUGGGAGUGCCAGCAGUGUGGCGUUGCCUAUGGCAGGUAAGAGUGCAACGCCAGUGCUUGCAUUGCCUGCCCCAGAUGGCACGGUACAAGCAGUGGGGCAUCAAGAUCCAUUUGCAGCGUCGUUGUCGGUUCCCCCUCCUGCGUAUGUUCAGAUAGCUGAUAUGGAGAAAAAACAGCAUUUGCUUGUGCAAGAACAACAGAUUUGGCAGCAGUAUGGAAAUAAUGGGAUGCAAGGGCAAUUGGGUUUCGCCAAGAUUGCCGGUGGAGGUGGUUUCUAUGGCCCAGGUUCACAACCAAUGAUGAUGAUGCCUUAUGGAAUGCCACCAGUGACUGGGAUGGGGCAGCCGGGAGGUUACUACUACUCACCCUACUGAAUCGGCUUCCUGGAGGAGUGAUCUUCAUGCUGUAAUGCCAGUAAAGAUACACUCUUCUUGGCCUUGUUUGGUAGAUUUCUGAUAACAUAAAUGGUUUUUGUCAUUGUGUUUCGUUUCUGUACUUGGUAUUUUGCAUAAGAGGGAGUAAAGGGCAGACAAUUUUAGAGGCCAUGGUAUAGAGGAGCAGCUUUUGUUAUGGUUUCUCUUUGUUUUACAGGGUAAUGAAUAUAUAUGAUAUAGUUCUUUUCAGUUUUGGGUCA